AUGCCCAAUUUAUGGCAGAAGCAAACAGUUUUUGACGCUGUCAUGUCUCUGAACACAAGUAGAUUAUGGAAAAUUAUAUGGAUCAGUUUUAUUUUAAUUAUUAUAAUUGAAGUGAUCCUUCUCAUUCAUACAUCUCAUCAUCUUAAACUGAAUGCUUCAUGGCAAGUUGAGUUACUUGGAAAUAUUUUGAAUUCAACAAUACAAACUGAAUCGUACCAUUCUCAAAUCAGUGAUAAUACCUCAGAGUUCAUUGAAGAGAAAGACAUGAUCAUGGAUUUAUUUGAAGAUAUUGAAAUAUCAGUUUUGUGUGAUAUUUUUCAUGAUGUCAACGCUUCGAAUAAAAUAAAUCCACCCAACAUCACUCUGUCCGAAGAAACCCUUUAUGCCCGCGUCCGUCUACGUAUUGAACAAGGUGAAUGUACAAAUCAAACUGUUUUUACAAAAUGGGUGAAUUAUAGCAUAGGACUUGGGGUGAAUAAAUUACGGUAUACUAUAGUUCCAGAAGAUUACAAAUGGUUAAAUAUCACUGGAGUGUGUGCUGCAGUUGAGCACAUGAACUACACUUCUUACAAUCAUGUAUAUUCUGUUAGAUUUAACGUUGCACGUUUUUUAUCACAAUAUCAUGGUGAUAAACAGUUGCUUAAAGUUUGUAUUUUAGAACAGAACUGUCUUCACUGGAUAGACAGGUCCAGACACUGUGGACUACAAGAUAUCAGUGAUGUAAUUCAUCCAGAAUUUCAUUCUUUAACAAGUAAUUGGAAUCGUUCAGGAGGAUGGAUAGCUUUCCUCGAGUAUAUAAACAACCUUUGUGAUCAAAACCUCCAGGGUCACGGAUUGAUGAGUAAAAAUGUACCACUAGUUACACAUUCAGCAUGGUUUGUCCCCUGUAUUCGUUGUAACAGUCAUCCAGAUGAAGAGGCUAAUUGUGAUUGGUCGAGUGCCUUAUGGUUUGAAGCAAACAAUCCAAUCUACCCAUGUAUAUAUAGUGAGAAAAGGACACAUAAUGACCAAAAGCAGCUGUCAGCUUAUUUGAAAAAUAAAGUUCUCCUAUUUUUCGGUGAUUCAACUUUACGCGGUUUAAUGUACUCCUUAGUGUAUCGUUUAAACAAAACAAAACUGUUCAAUGUUCAAGAGACACAUGGUGAAAUGAUGCUGAUCAACAAUGGGGCAAAACUUAUACGAUUUAUCUAUUAUCCAGAUUACUCUAAAAAAGAACACCAGUCGAAUAGAUCAUUGAUCACUGAUUUGAUACAAUCACUUUUUAGGUUCAAGAGGAAAUUCAAUGAAGCUUUAUUAUUCUUUGGUGGUGUAAGAUGGUUGAAUUCUUUUCAUAUGAAACAAUUACAAAUUAUUAUCAAUAAACAGAAAGUAUUUCAGUCUGUCAGGGUGUUUAUCAAAGACUAUUCCGCUGGCUUUCAUACACCAGUUGAUGGAUUACCGUUUGUUGAUUGGGUAAGAAAACAAAACGCAAGAUGGAACAUGAAAGAAAUCACCGGUUAACUGAAACAGUCAAACAGUACAACUGGUCAAUUAUACCAAGUCAUCAAAUCACAUGGACUAGAUUGAAUCACUUUCAUGCUUAUGCAAGAUGUUCAUGUCAUUUUUAUCAUGUUGAGGGGAAAACUUUUCAUUCUUCUAUAGAAAAUAAAAAUAUAACAAUUUAUGAAAUCAUUGGACAAAUAC